CUGCCGCCGAGCAGCCGCCGGGGCCCGCCGCGGGGUCGCGCCGGCGGCCCCGGUCCUCCUCUGCGGAGCACGCGCGGAGGUGCGCGCGAGAGUGUGGCACGGCGCGGGGAGCCCAGCGCUCUUGCGCGCGCUGCGCCUGGGCGGCCAGCCGCGCGCGCCUGCUCCCGAGGCUGGUGUACGUAGACGCGGCGGGCGAGGUGGUGCCAUCGCAGGGGCGCCGACAGGGAGCGGCGCUGGCCCAGAACGUAUUUCCCAUGGAGCUCACGCAAGUGACUCAGACCCCCUCGGGUCGUGACGAGCAUCGAGGCGGGAGGCUCUUCCUUCUGUUUUGCCUUUUUGUUAUUGACUGGCCAGGGUCCCCUGCUGGGUCCCUGGACGGUCAGAGAGCGACUCGGGA